AAACCACUUCCUGUGUAGCCUUAACACUUUUGAAGAUGCUAAUACAUUUUCAAAGACAACACCUCAUCUGUGAAGACAUACUGUCCGAUACAGUGGAUAAUGAAUUUAGAGGAUAUUUAUGCAAAUGUUGAACGCAGAGAUAUUGGGAGCACAACUGGAGCGCAAACUCUGAGUCACGGCCAGAAUGAAAGAAAAGAUCUAAAACACAGAGGAAGUAGAUAUUUGGUGUUGAUCUCAGUGGGUCUCGGGCUUGUUUGUGUUCUUCUGCUGGUCUUCAUCAUACUGCUCAACAUCACCAUCACAGCAGAGAGAGACCUGAUAAAGAGUUACAAGAACACCGUUGAAGAGUUCAAUCAAACCAUCAACAGCUUACAGGACAAUUAUACUGAUCUAAUGACUGAAAAACAACAACUGCAGAAAAACUUCAACUCUUUGAGUCAGAAGAACCUGGAGCUGGAGACCAGAGUGAAAGAUCUCACUGCUGAGAAAAAACAGUUACGGAGAGAUUUUGACUCUUUGAAUAUGAAGGGCCUAGUUAAUUUCUUCAUGUCCACUGAGUUGAGCUGGUCUGACAGCAGACAGUACUGCAGGGAUCGUGGAGCUGAUCUGGUCAUUAUCAACACUGAAGAGAAGCAGAGGUUCAUAUCUUCAUUAGUCAAGGAAAGAGUGUGGAUUGGUUUGUCUGACAGAGAGAACGAGGGCAUCAUGAAAUGGGUGGAUAAUUCACCACUGAAACAAGGGUUUUGGUCAACGGGCGAGCCAAACAACGCUAACAAUGAGGACUGUAUUGAAAUGAAUGUUAAUAGAGAGAAGCCGGGAUGGUCACCGCCGCUGAACAGCUGGAAUGAUAUUUCAUGCUCCGUGAAGAAAAAGGGGAUUUGUGAAAAAUAGGGUUCAACCCAGCUUCUGGUUGUGCUUUUAUUUUCUAAUAUAAUCAUUCUUAUUGUAAAGGCAUAAGUUCUGAUUGAGGUACGUGCCUUUAAAAAAAAUU